AUGAACUUGACGAAACUCUUAGUAUUGGUACUAGCCAUAAAUUAUACACAUGCCUGGUAUUCAGAAGAGGAAAAACCUAUUAAAGAUAAAAAUAAAGACUACAAUGAAUCGGAUACUAAGCCAAGAUAUCUAAAAUACAAGAAGCACUAUAAAAAGUACAAAGACAAGAAAUACCGCGAUCGUGAUGACAAUUUUGAUAGCCGUGAUGAUGGUGAUACAGACACAAGCCAUGAGUAUGAAAGAGAGAAUUAUUGGGAUGAUUACCUUAGAAAUGAUGAGGAUACUAAGGAUAGAUGCAACUGCACGUGUACUCCAACCGACUGUAGGGUUACAGCAUGGAGCAAAUGGAGCGAGCCAAGAGGCCUCAAAGGAACCAGAGAAAGAAAACGACAUGUGCUUGUACAACCUACAAACAAUGGAGAACCCUGCCCUAGACUGAGAGAGGCACGCGCCACAGGUGUUGCCCCUACGAUAGAUCAAACAGCUAAGAGCUUCUACAAGAACUUCAUACUUCAUAAAUCCGUUGCAUCCAAUGAUGAAGCCCAAUAUGACGAAGAAGUACAUAAAAAGAAAUCUGUAGUCCCGCGUGAUCUCCUCUUCAUACUCGAUGAAUCUGGUUCAAUAGGGCGUUCACAGUUCAGGAAGGUACGAGCAGGUGUGGCUCGAUUAAUAGAACUUAUUUGCGGAGCCCGUUUGCAUCAAUCGAAAGUUAGCAAAGAAGUCCUUCUCGUGACAGAUGGAAAAUCGAACUGUGGCCAUGAUAUUGUGAAAGAAGCGGAAAAACUAAGAACGAUCGCAACCGUUUAUACUGUAGGUAUAGGGGAAUUCAACAAUAAGUACGCCAAGGCAGAACUUGAAACUGUAGUAUCUGCUCCAAAGUAUAACCAUGCAUUCAAUGUCCCGGAUGAAAGAGGAUUUCUCGAGAUGCUACAUAGAGUUGAAACGAGAUUAAACGAGACUUGGGUUGAAUAUGGAGAUGCAUGUGCAACUAUUGAAUGGGAUAAAUAAAUAUUCUCAGAAUCACUUGACGUAUAAUCUAACAGCAAUAUGAUACAUUGAAAUACAUUCUACUUUUUACCUAAAUGUAUGCGUUUACUUGAACUAGCUAGAACCAUGAUAUGCUUGAAUUGCGACUUCUUCCUUUUAUAUAAGCACAACUUCUCUGAAG